AUGCAUUACGAUCGACCACGAAACUUCUCCUUCGGUCGCCUCUUCGCCUCCCCUCGCCGUCCGCCGGGUGAAUUAUACCGAAAGAAAGAGAACUCGAGUGCAGAGAGGCCACGGGGAAAGAAACCAUGGGAAGAGAGAUCGAGGGUACAACCACAAGUGCUUCCUAAGGGUGCUUGGUGCUCGAACGAAAUGUCUUCGGGAAACUCGCGAAAGGAAACAUCGCGAUUUGUAUUCAGGACACGAUAUGGCGUUGCUACCCGUACCGUGGUGGAACGAAGGUUCGAGCCAAGCCAGGGACGGGGUUGGGUGGAUUCGCGAAAUAAACUCCUGAAUAAGAGGAAGAAAGAGGUAGGAAAGGAGGAAGCGAAGAGCGAGAAGAGGGUAGUAGUAGACUCUUGCGCUCCAGUUCGGCUUCCGACAAUAAAAAAAAAAAGAAAAAAAGACGACAUUCAUUCGUUGGCGAGUCGGUAUCGGCUGGUUCAAAAACGAGACGCUGAUCAUCACCGCGCUGGUCCGUGCCCUCUCGCGGGAUUAGUCAAAUCCCAAAAUAAUACCGUGGGCGAAAGCGGAGUAUGUAUAUACCGUGUUACAAAUCUCAGCGACGGUGUAAAUCGGACAGUUUAA